UGACGUAAUUGAACCAGUUCAAAACUAUGGUCUGACAAUGCUAGUGUCGUUCCUUUCUGUUUUUGCAAUUAUUUUUAGUUUUGCAACGUGCCAAAAUGAUCCAAAUACUGCCAAUAGUUCGCAAAAUUUCGAGGACCAAGGGGCGGCUGUGCGAAGACGAUAUCCAGAUCGGACCUAUGACCGCCCAGCCAUCAGCGCGCAGAUAGAUCGUAGCGUGCCAAUCGACGGAACUUUCCGAGAAUAUUUGGAUACUGUUCCGGAAACCUAUGGAGAACUGGUUCCUAUUUCCUCCGGAACUCCAGAGUCGGUUCAAAGGUCGGCUCAGCAACCAUUUCCGGUGAACCAGCAGGGCGGGUUCAGACAAAACCAGCAACAAAGAUCAGAUGGAAUUGUUUCAAGUACACAGGAUAUCAAUGUAGACCCUGGUGAACUAUUCCGACAGUACGCUGAGGACAGAAACCAGUUUGAUAAUAACAACAAACAGGGUUCAAAUAUUGUGAUACCCCCCCUGGCGCCCCCUGGUCGGGAGUACAGCAACCUCUCCCUUGUUACUUCUCCACAACCCUUUAAUAACAGGCGUCCUGGACCCUCGACUCGAGAUCCUUUUCUUGAUCCAAACAGAUACAAUAUACCAGAAACACAGGAUUCUCAAGGAGUAAGAUUUGUUAACGGUCUUCCCUACAGAGAAUCUACAAAUAUAAAGGAUAAAUAUGGAAACCGUUACGAUCCAAGAUAUCACGCUAUACCGGGAGAAUAUGAUCCUGUAAAUGACCCGAGAUUUAGUGACCCGAGAUUCCAGGAUCCGAGAAAUCUUCCAAAAUAUGAUAAUAAUCAACAUAAUGUUCCUAAGGAUCGGUAUGAUUCUAAAUAUCGGUAUUAUGAACGGUUCCCUGAACGAUUAAAGGAUCGACUCCGAGAUCCAAACUACGAUCCAAGAUGGGAUCCAGACGAACCUCUAGCUCCAGGUGUACUAGGAGGCUGGUUGCCGGAGCUCCAGGGGGAGUGCAGACCUGGUUGUGAGAACCUAGAAAGAGAUGUAACAGUGAACACUAAUUAUGGUCGUGUAAACGGUUUCUAUGUUUAUCUCUACGACAGCCCUAGAACUCCUUUAUAUGAAAGGCCUGGAUACGCGCACACAGAUAAGGUGAAGUUCAAGGUGUCCGUGUUCCUUGGGAUACCCUAUGCUCAACCUCCUACUGGAGAAGGUCGUCUUAUGCCUCCUAGACCACACAGAGGAUGGCAGAGUUAUGAUGCUGUAGACUGGGCCCCUGUGUGCCCCCAACCUAUCAAGUAUGUGGGGGCGACAAAAAACAGCCCCCUCAUGGACGAGGACUGUUUAUAUCUUAACGUUUUCACCCCGACUCAUGAGAGUAAGGUGUCCCAACUGUUCCCUGUGAUGAUCUAUAUACACGGAGGAGAGUUCCAACACGGAUCCGCUAAUGAGUUUCCAGGACACCAGUUAGCCGCUAAUGGACAGGUUGUAGUUGUAGCCAUGAACUAUAGACUUGGAGCUCUAGGCUUCCUCUCAACAGGUGACCAUCACGCUCCUGGGAACUACGGACUCCUGGAUAUGGCAAUGGCGGUCAAAUGGGUUUAUGAUAAUGUUUACGCUUUCCAGGGUGACCGUGAGAAGAUAACAGUGUUUGGUCCUGAAGCUGGAGCAGCUAGUGCUGGUCUCCUAGCGGUCAUGCCCAGGACUAGAAAUAUGGUUCGGCGUGUGAUUGCUAUAAGUGGAUCUCCACUGGCUGAUUGGGCAGUUUUUAACGACAAGUUCCGAGCGAUGAACAACAGUUUAGUGUACGGUGAGAGGAUUGGUUGCACUAUUGUAGAAUCUUGGAGAUUAGUUGACUGUGUUAAACGUGGCAGGUCCGUACAAGAGUUGGCUCAUAUAGAGUUCAAACCUGAAAUUGGAACCUGGCCCUGGGCUCCUGUAGUACAGAAAAAUAUAUCUUUACCAGAGAAUGGGGAACGCGUGAGAACCACGGGAAUGUUCUUAGCCUGGAUACAAAUGUUUGCCGAACCAACUUCAUUUUUUAAGAUUUUAGGGCCAAGCUGGGUUCACAAGCCAGCCAGUUAUGCAUACAAUUUUAGACCGGCUGCUGCAAUCUUAAUAUCUAUUUCUUGUUCAGGCUCUGCUCGGGAUGAUGCAAGUUAUAUGCUUUACAAUAAUAAAUCUAUAGCUCCUGAUUACGAGGUCACCUGGGACUUUUUUGACACGAUGGUUCGCGAUCACAUUAACCAGUACAAUUACACGCUAAACCCUAUAGGUAUUUUUAACGCAAUAAAAUACAUGUAUACCUACUACCCAGACCCAAACAAUAGAACUCAUAUCAGGAAUAAGGGGGGGGGGAUCAUGGGAGAAAUUCAGAAAUUUUUGGCGGUUAAUACCACUGAGAAUUCUACAACUCUAUGGAACUAUAGGCAAAGAGAGUGCGCUUUUUGGACAGAAUACCUUCCCUCUGUAAUAGGAUAUAUAACCCCUACCUACCCCCCUACUACUGAGUUUUGGUGGGAACCUGAAUCUCCUCUGCAGAUUGCUUUCUGGUCUAUGUCUUCAGUUUGUUUGUUUUUACUCGCUCUGCUCGUGAUCGCCUGCCUACUCUGGAGGAAUGCUAGACGGAUUGCUAAGCACCGUUAUUUUGAUGGCGGAAGCAUGAAAAAUUUCCCGGCAGAUUUUGAUCAUCUUGUGGACGAUUACAACAAGGAGGUUUCUCCAACAUUAAGCAGACGAACCACAAGAACCAACACAGAGGGAGGGGGAGGUAUCCCCCUAGGGGGUAUGCAACAUUCCCCCUCCCUCCACUCAUUGGGGGUUCUUGGUCUCCGUCCUGUUCCCCCUCCUGUACCUGAACAUGGAGCCCCCUCAGGACCUCCAUCCAUAGCCCCAUCUUUAGCCCCCACCAUGAUGAUGAAGUCCCUGCCCCCAACCCCUGCCUUGUCCCAGCGUGGACUCCUCCAAGGAGAGAUUACCCCCAAUAUGUCCCAGCGUGGACUGGUUGUAGGACCUGGAGAGACCCCUAAUGGAGCUGGACCUUUUGUUAAUGCAGGUUUACACAAUACAAGCGAUGAUUCUAUUCUUACAAAUCAAAGUGGAAAUAUUAUAGUGGAUCCCCGAGGAAUGGAUCCACGUAGUAGUAGUAGAAUUCAACCUAGUCUUGAAUCCCUAGGAGGAUCCAGGUAUAUGGAGCCGGUCAACCGAUCCAAUGAACCUCAACCUAUGGGACUCCCACGCAGCCAUGUUAAACUUAUGCCCGGGCGCAUGAGCUCAUUAAGCCAAAAUAGCGCCCCGGCCGCACCGCAGCAGCAAAGACAAAAUAAUCCGUCCUCCAGACCUCAGAGUAGGGCGGGCGGUCGCAACAAUGGCAUUCCUUUCACUGCAGUUUAAAAGGGCGCGAUGGCGCAGUCAAGUUCAAGUUAGCAUUAUCUGUAAAUAUAAUUUAGUUUAUAAAACGUAUUUCGAAAAUGGCUCUAAGACUUUUAAGAAAUGGAACCUAGGAUAAAGGUUAAAAUGGAACCUAGGAUAAAGGUUAAAACUGCCCCAAAAGAAUAUAUUUUUUCCAAUGCCUUUUGUAGUUGUAUGCUCAUAAACCAAUAAUACUCUCAUUUUAUCAUUUAAAAAUUCAAGAAACAUGGCACAAAAAUUAAUGUGAUGAAUUCACUCAUAUCUUCUGUAUAUAUAAAAACUCAUUUCUUCAUUCAUGUAACAUUUGUAUAUCCUUUUAAAAUCAUGUAACAUUUGUAUAUGCAUUUAACAUGUAAAAAGUACAAAUUUCUAUUGUUUUGCUAAUUGUGACGUAUUUGAUAGGUAACCUGUAAUUUCUGUAAAAGUUUGAGAGCUCAAAUCAUGAAAAAAUCACAAUUUUUUUUCCAAGGAAAUAACUUUAAAGAUCUCAGUGAGCAUGCAAUGAACACACAUGUUAUGAAAUAGACAAAUAAAAUAUUAUUGAAUGACAUUUUAAUCGAAUAUUUUCUAUGUAAUGAAAUAUAUAUGAUUGAUACACA